GGAAAACAUGGCUUACAAUCAAGAGCUGUUCGACUGCUCCAUCUGUUUACAGUUACUGGAGGAUCCCGUAACGACCGCGUGUGGACACAGUUACUGUAUAACAUGCAUCAAUAGCUUCUGGGAUAGAAAUAACAACAGUGGAGAAACUUACAGCUGUCCUCAGUGCAGGGAGACUUUUUACCCGAGGCCUGUACUGAAGAGGAACACGCUUCUGUCAAACUUGUUGGAGGAAAACAGGAAGACAACCGGGCCAAGUGCUGCUAUUGCUGCUGCUUCUGCUGCUGCUGAUGAUGAUGGUGACAGUUGCGUUACACCUGGUGAUGUACAGUGUGACGCGUGCACGGGGAGAAAAAGAAAAGCUUUCAAGUUCUGUCGCGUGUGUUUGGCCUCUUACUGUGAGACUCACCUGCAGCCUCACGUCGAAGUGCCGCCGCUUAAGAGACACAGUCUGAUUCCAGCCUCAGCCAGGAUCAAGGAAAGCAUCUGUGGCCGUCACAACAAACUUCUGGAGAUUUACUGCCGCACCGAUCAGCAGUUCACAUGCAUGAUGUGUGUGAUGGAUGAACACAAAGACCACGACACUGUGGCAGUUGCAGCAGAAAAGUGUGCAAUGGAGAGACAACUGGAGAGGACCAGACAGGAAAUCACAGACAGAGUGCUGAGUGCAAAGUUGAAGAUGGCAGAACUGAGACAUGCUGCAGACUCUAUAAGAGAUGCUGCAUGGGAGGCGUGUGACGACUUUGAGCGGCUGUGUGUGGAGCACAUCCGUUUAUACGUCCGUUCUGUGGAGAGGAAGCGUUCUGAAAUGAGGGAGAAAGUUGGAGGGGCAGAGAAAGCUGGGGUGGACUGGACCAACAGCUGCCUCGGGCAACUGCAGCGAGAGGUGUCCGAGCUGAAGAGGAGAGAGGAUAAACUCAGCCAGCUCUCACUGACAGAGGAUCCCAUUCAGUUCCUUCAGGGUUUCAAGGCCCUGGGUAACCUGACUGCAUCCCCACACUCACAUGAAAGACUUGACACACUGGCAGAGUUUGUCACUGCACAGAAAGAUACACUGAAAAAUAUGUGCAACAAAGAAAAGAACAGAUUACUUUAUUCUGAAGAACAUGUGUUGUUAAAAAUGCCAAGGCUGCAAGAGGAAAUAAAAUCAAGGACAGAGGUUUUGACCAAAUACAAGAACUCGGAAGUGGAGGUGGAUCCCGACACAGUAGCAGCAUUUCUUAGCCUGUCUAAAUGUAACAGAGAGAUAUCGUGGAGUGACAGGGACCAGGCUCAUCCUGACCACCAUGAAAGAUUCACCUACUAUCACCAAGCUCUGUGCAAAAAGGGCCUACAGGGCAACCACUACUGGGAGGUGGAGUGGGAUGGCGGCAUUGUCGAGGUGGCUGUGUCGUACAAAGGGAUUAAAAGAAAGGGUUCUGGGCAAGAUUGCUGUUUUGGCCACAAUCAUCUGUCCUGGAAAUUAACCUGCUCUCCUUCUGGCUGCACAUUUUGGCACGAUAAUCUUCACAAAGGCCAAAUCCCUCCGGCUCGGUCCCGCAGAGUAGGUGUACACCUUGAUUAUGAAGCAGGAAUGCUGGAUUUCUUCAGUGUUCACAACUCCGACAGGUUGAUGCUGCUGCACCGAAGCCAGACCACCUUCACUGAACCUCUCUAUCCUGGCUUUUCUGUUGAUUUAGGUGCAACGCUGAAAAUAUGCAACAUCUAAGCUGAACCGCAUGAGUAAAUGUAAACCUCAGGACUUGCUACACUUUUACAUUGUCUGCUACAUGGUACAUGGACAGAACAAAAGUUUUCACAAUGUGAGUGAGUGAGUGCAACUGGCUCAUUCGGUGCUGAUUGAGAAUCAAGAUUAUGAAUCAAAGAGUGGAAAACUUAAAUUUCUUUUUUCUCUUAAAUGUUGCAUUAAAACUGCAACAGAAGAAUUUGUUCAGCUGUUUCUGUUCAGUUAUCACAUUUAAGGCUUGCUCUGGCAAUCAUAAUAAACUCCAGAAGGCACAAAUCAAAUGAGUAUGGGUAAUCUUGAAACUUCAUCCAUUUACACAUGCUGAGUCAGACUAUUUCAGAAAGCUUUACUGGCUGACAGAUACGACCAACUUUAUUGAGAUAUUUCUCAUAAAUCUUUUUUUUUUUUUUAAACUGCCAAUGAAAUACACUCACAGCUACAGGUGAGUGUACAGGUUGUUGAACAAAAUGGACAUUGUUUCAUUUUAAUGCUUUGAUGAUUAAAAACAUUUCUUCUGUU